AGCCAGGGUUGUUUAGAAUUGAAAAAGAAACAAGCCCAAUAAAUGUUUAAACGUUGGGCUCAAAAACACGCCCCAAGAAUAUUAGAAAACUGGGCCGGGCUGAUCAUUAACUUUGCAGGUACUUUAAAAAUUCCAUGAACUCUCGAUCACUUGCCAUGUUAAAAUAAAAGUUAAAAACAAAAACCAGGAAAAAAAAAGAAAAUUCAAUCAAGAACCGUUGAAUACUGUCACGACCGACAAGAACGCGCCAUAUCUAUUAACCCGUUUCCACACUUUUUUUUUUUUUUUUUUUUUCAACAACAUUGAAUCACGUUCAAAGAACAAGAAGCAAAAAUAACACAAAUAAUCAACAAAGAAAAGAAACUAGAUCUAAGAUUUGAUAUUUCAGGUGUCAAAAAGCAUGACGAGUACUAGUGCAAUUCUAGGCAAAUCAAACGGUUUUUCCUUUUAAGAAGAUAAAUAACAGCAAUGUCGAGAAGGACGGGAAAUCAUUCACGGAGAUAUGGAGAUAGCGGAGGAUUCAAUUCAAACUCACGCUCUGCUCCUUAUUUUCCAAUUCUUAUUUUUGUCGUGGGAGCUCUUCUUAUUUUCGGCUAUGUAUACAGGAGCUCAGGUGGAUAUGGUGGCAAGAUAGGAGCUUUUAGUAGGAUUGAAGGAGAUUUUUCAUGCACAGUAGAGGUUCAACGAGCAAUUCCAGUUUUGAAGAAGGCCUAUGGUGACAGUAUGCAUAAAGUCUUGCAUGUUGGUCCUGAUACUUGUUCAGUAAUUUCUCAAUUGCGGAAAGAAGAGGAGACUGAAGCCUGGGGUGUGGAACCAUAUGAUAUUGAGGACGUUGACAGUCAUUGCCGAGCGCUAGUGCGGAAAGGCAUUAUACGUGUUGCUGAUAUAAAAUUUCCUCUUCCAUACAGGCAAAAGUCAUUUUCUCUUGUAAUUGUAUCAGAUGCCUUGGAUUACUUGACUCCAAGAUACCUCAACAAAACCCUUCCAGAUUUGGCUAGAGUAUCAACUGAGGGUCUUGUAAUAUUUACAGGCUUUCCAGGUCAGAACAGAGCAAAAGGUGCAGAAUUGUCCAAAUUUGGAAGAGCGGCCAAAUUGAGGAGCUCAUCUUGGUGGGCGCGAUACUUUAUCCAGACGAGCUUAGAAGAAAAUGAAGCUGCUUUUAAGAAAUUUGAGCAGGCUGCAGCAAAGAACUCAUAUAACCCUGGUUGCCAAAUUUUCCACCUCAAGGCAUACAAUUGAUUUCUCUACGAAUUUCUUCAAAUUUUUGCUGAAGCUUAUUUUAUAGUCAAACCAGAAUUCCUUUUGCUUCUAUCUGGAUCAAGUAAUUUAAAUUCUUUAUAGAAAAUCUGUUCUAAUUA